UAAACCAACGAAUAUUUUGAAGUACUACGGCUUUGAUGGAGCAUCCCCUUUUCCCAAUUCUUCAUUAAUAUGUAUACUUCAUUGAUGAAUCAGGUGUCGAUUACGCUGGCGAUUACACCCCUCCUUCGGAUCGCCAUAUCCGACAAGAGGGGAUGAGCCAACGAUGAUGGGGGAUGCGGCUUGAACUUCGCGAAGAGUUUUCGUAGAUCCCGCUCGUCGGCUCGUCGGGAAGCGUGCGCACAGUUUUUGAGUUUUCCUCGCGGCCCUUUUCGGACUCAUGCCAGGACGCGGCGCGAAGGAACCGUUGCCGAAAACUGACAAUUAAGGUGUCUGUGAACAAUGCCGGAUGACGCUAAGGCACUUUUGUUGCCUUAAUGACGAUCACAACGUGAGCGGUCAGUCGUGAUCCGCGGAUCAUCGGGGAGAUAAUGAUUACAGAACAGACCUGGAGCAUGAUGCUGGACAGCGAUGUCACGAGCAUCAACGAGUCGACAAUUUCACCGAGGAAACAGUUGUGGAUCAAGGCGGUGAAGAAGUUGACUUCCGAGAGGCUAGGCCGGGAGGGACUGGCGGCGUGGGAGGACCGGAAGUCCAACACGGAUCCUGAGGUCGCCGCCGAAGCCAGGGACGACGACCAAUCGCCCGUCGAAGACGAUGAGGCUGCGAAGACGGAACCGGAAGGCGCCGUCGGAUCGGAGCAGGCUGUGACCGACGAGGAGGCUCAGACUCAACGCGAUGUCUUCAAGAAGGGGAUGCUGUACAAGGGAAUAUUUCUGCCUUCGCUGACCAACAGCUUUCACAGCAAGCAGCUGGAAACAUCCUAUCUUCUUUAUUCCAACCGACAAAGGCAGAAGUCCUUGAUAAUGCUAAACAUCGUGGACCUCGGCCUGAAAAUUACAUUAACAGCAAUCUGGCUGUGGCAACGGGAUUCGAGUAGCGGCGGUCUCAUCGAGGGUCUGUCUUGGGCCGCGUGUUGCAUGGCAGCGAAUCUGGUGAUCUGCGUACUCGGCUGGUGGCGUUGCUUUUCUAACAAUUACCUGUACUGGGCCUCGAUAUUCACUUGGUUAUUAAUAAACUCUCAAGGUUUCAUAGGUGCCGGUUUGAAUUUCACCACGCAGCAGCGACUCAUGUGGUACAUACUUUUCGUCGUAUACGCGCCGUAUGCGAUGCUGCCCUUGCCACUGCGAUGGUGCGUCCUUGCCGGCUAUGGAACGGCGCUAACACACAUGGUGAUGGCCGGUAUAAGUCUCCUGCACUCCACACAUUUCUUCUCGCAGCUGCGAGACUUCGCGUGCAUUGUCCGCAUGCUGACGACCAACGUGCUCUUGUACCUGGCCGUGAAUCUGGCCGGUAUGUACACCAAGUACCUGACAGAUCGAGGGCAACGACAGGCCUUCCUGGAAACCCAUCGCUCCACGGAGACACGGCAGCGCACGCAAAACGAGAACAAUCGGCAGGAGAAGCUGCUGCUCUCAGUGCUACCCGAUUUUGUCGCCAAGGAGAUGAUCCGUGAUAUCGCACGGGAGACAGCUCGCGGAGGAACGAUAUCGUUCACGCCGAAUCAGUUCCAUCGAAUAUACAUCCAUCGCUAUGAGAAUGUCAGCAUCCUGUUCGCCGACAUCAAAGGUUUCACAGCUCUGGCGAGUCAGUGCAGCGCCCAGGAGCUCGUAAAGGUGCUGAACGACCUCUUUGCGCGCUUCGACAGGCUUUCGGCGGAAAACCAUUGUCUGCGUAUAAAGCUCCUCGGUGACUGCUACUACUGCAUUUCCGGCCUGCCGAUCGCCAGGAGCGAUCACGCUCACUGCUGCGUCGAAAUGGGUCUGCAUAUGAUAAAGGCCAUACGGGAUGUGAGAUAUACCACGAAGGUAGAUCUGAACAUGAGGAUAGGAAUUCACAGCGGAUCGGUGCUAUGCGGGGUUUUGGGGCUGCGGAAGUGGCAGUUUGACGUGUGGUCGUAUGAUGUCACGUUAGCGAAUCAUCUCGAGAGCGGAGGAAUACCAGGGAGAGUACACAUUUCCGCCGACACAGUCAAGUGCCUGAACGACGCUUACGAAGUGGAACCCGGCUACGGCAGCGAGCGGGACAAUUAUUUGAAGGACAGAAACGUCGUGACAUACCUUAUCAAGCAAGUGGAGCCGCUCAAGUCCAAACGAAGAUAUUCGUCGCGACCGAAGCCCUGGCCGGAAGAAGACGCAGCUGCAAAUAAGAACAAGAAGAGUUUCAAGAUGAAUCCUCAUGCCACGAACAGCAACCCGCCUCCAAAUUCCAGCCUGGAAGACGACAUCGGGAUUGACUGGACACCCGAGAUUCCAUUUGAGAACUUGAAUACAGCUACGUCAGUGAGUAAUUUGGAGUCCGAGUAUCUCGAAGAGGAAAACGGUCAGCCAGGCAAGCCGAGUAAUAAGGCGGCUGCUACGACCGCCGUCGAAAAGAAGGGCGCCAUCGAGACUGCCAGCAACAAACGCAUGAGAUCGGCAAACAUAAACGCAUGGACUUUGCGCUAUAACGAUGAAAGCCUGGAAUCCAAGUUCGAUCAACUGCGAGAGGACAUGUUUAAAUCCAACAUGAUAUGCUGCUUCGUCAUAUGGCUCUUCAUCGCCGUCUGCCAAGCCAUCAUUUUCUCAGAUUGCAUGAUUCUUCUGAUCUCCCUUCUGGUGACAACGGUAAUCCUGGUGGCAUCGUCGAUCCUAGUGAUGGCGGAGGAGUUCAAGGGUAUGCCGACGUACCUGCAACACACGUCGUCCAUGCUGGUGCACAACAAGAAGCACCGCACUGUCUUUAUAUGCAGCGUCAUCAGCUUGAUGGCGUUGACAUCCAUCAUCGGCGUGUUAACGUGCCCCAUCACGGUGCGCCCUUAUCCGGAAGUGAUGGUGCUCGAGCGUCAACAGCGAGAAACGACGACUGCGGCGGCUUCGCUCCCGGCGCCGGAGAAGCUGACCGCGACUACGUCGAGGUCAGAGCUGGAUCACUUUGUCUUGACCUUCCUGGAAGCCGCUCUGAGCGACGAGUCCACCGAGGGGCAAAAAACUGUACCCUCGGCGGAAAAUAAUACCUUGGAAGGAGGCUCCAGUAAUAUCGAGCUGAAGCUGACGCGGGUGGUGAACGGCAAGGCGCCCGGGAGAAGCAGGAGAGAAUUCUUCAGGUUUUACAGGUACGAGCAGCACUACGGAAAACCGGAACUCGGCAGCAGACACUACAGACGAGUCGCGCGCAAACGCGACGCCGGAGCUUUUCAGAGAAAGAUCCUCUCCGUCGCCGAGCAGGAGGCUGAGUCUCGAAGCCCUGUUCCAUUGGCCCUGAGGACUCUCGACGACGACUUUGAGAAAACUUCCGUCUGCAUCCGGCCGGAAUACAUGGUGUUCACGUGGAUCCUGUGUCUGAUUGCACUCGCUUCAGCUUUAAAGCUGUAUUACCUGGUAAAAACGGCGCUGGCUGCGGCGAUCGUUUUAGUCUACGCAGUGCUGAUCCUCGUCGUGUGCAAAGACAUGUUCACCGAGACGGAAAAGAACGCAUCUGCGAUAUCCUUACCGGCGCAGAUGUUGACUUUCCUGACAGUCUUCCUGGUGAUGGUGACGUAUCACGGCAGACUGGUGGAAGUUACGUCGCGCCUAGACUUCUUGUGGAAGCAGCAAGCUGAGAGGGAGCUCAACGACAUGAUCGAGUCGCGGCAUAACAAUAUGCAGCUUCUAAAAAAUAUCUUGCCCGAUCAUGUGGCGCAUCACUUUCUCACAGCGGAUCGUGCGCCAGAAGAACUCUAUUCGCAAUCACGGGACAAAGUCGGCGUGAUGUUCGCCAGUGUGCCGAACUUUACGGAAUUCUAUUCGGAAGAUGUGAACAAGGGAAUGGAGUGCAUUCGUUUGCUUAACGAGAUUAUCGCUGAUUUCGACGAACUGUUGGAUGAGACACCGUUUCACUGCAUCGAGAAGAUAAAGACGGUCGGCGCUACUUACAUGGCCGCGUCGGGCCUGAAUCCCAGCCAAACCGAUAAAAGCGACGAUAUGGAACAUCUAUGCAGACUAGUGGACUACGCGGUGGCCAUGCGCCACCGUCUCGAAGACGUGAAUGUCCACUCGUUCAACAAUUUCGACUUGCGAGUGGGCAUCAGUUGCGGGCCUCUUGUGGGCGGCGUAAUCGGCGCCCGCAAGCCGGUCUUCGACAUAUGGGGUAACACCGUGAACGAGGCUUCCAGAAUGGAUUCUACUGGCGUGAUGGGGAAAAUACAAGUCCCGCAUGACAUCGCCAGGUUUCUGGAGUCGAGGGGUUACCAGACGCAGAAACGCGGGCUAAUCGAGGUAAAGGGGAAGGGCACGAUGGAGACGUAUUUCGUGCUGGGCAAAAGCACCUUGCAGCAAGAGGGUACCCCCAGGCACAGGAGCACCUGCCGCAGCCUCGCCGCGGUCGUCUACGGGGUGGUCCAGGCGCGCCGCAAGCAAAUUAGAAAACAAGCGAUGCGAAGAACGUAGAUCGAAUAUAUACCUGGGAGUAGUUCUUCGUGUAGCUUGUCGGUGCCGCUAGCUUAAGUUGGUACAAAAGGUCCAUCGUAUCAGCUGAACAAAGUUGGGCGUGCACAAUUUUACACUUUCUACUUCUGACAAUCAAAAUAAUCAUCCGGAAAGGAGGUGCAGUAUACUUUCUGUGUCAUCUGCGGUUUUUUUUUUCGAUUUUCCUUUUAAAAACAUUGUGUUUCUUUACAAUUCUACCUGAAAUAAAAUGAAUAGUGUUAGUGAUAAAGUAAUACAAAGAUUGAUAAAGAGAAAUAGAAACGAUAACUUCUUGUGCCAAUUUAACAGACAAACGCAACGGUGCAGGUAUUUGAAUAUUCAGGUUGUGAAAAAAGGGUAUUUUGUUCAAUCUUAUUUCCGUGUCAUUUUGUCACAAGAUGUUGAAUGUAUAUAGCACUUAUAAUAAAUAAUAUGUCGAUCUUAUAAAUGGUGAGUUUACGCCUUUUUUAAUUUUAAAGUUGUUGUAGUCAACAAAUUGUUGACUGCAUUACAAAACGAUUAUAUUCCGCUAUUUAAAAAAAAAAAAUAAUAAUGAUUAUACGAGAAAUAAGCGGAUGCCGAUUGCUAAUUUUAUCAGGGAAUAAUAUUACACUCGAAGGAAUCGUUAACAAUAAUCGACGAUGGAUAACAGUGCACAACACCUCUGACUCCGUGUAACCUCGUAUAUUACAUUAUUACGGUAAACACAAUAUUUAUAAUCAAUAUUUAUAAUUGUAAUAAUAAUCCAUGAUAAUAAUGGCAAUAAUGAUAAUUAUAAUAAGGCUAACUACAGAGUGGCCGCCACCGCCGCGCGAUUCCGAGGGGCCACCGCUCUCACGAACGAUCGAUUCAACCGAUCGACUCGACUGUACACGACUUUUACAACAUACUCGAAUAAUUAAUCUAAUAUUACAUAUAUUAAUCAGUAGAUAAUUCAUUACAAUUACGAACCUAGUCAGAAGAAUGUCACGACAUAUAGGAAGGACCGUUCAUCCCCCUUUCCCUCGAAUCACACGCAUUUUUCUCUUUUCUUUCUUUUCUUUUUGUUUAUUUUACUUACUAUUAAUUGAUCAGCAAAAUUUCGCACCCUUCGAGGAAGAAUUACAAUCUAAUUUUUUACAACGAGAAAAUUCCACAUGGAUUUAGUGAAUUCAAUUCAUAGCUAAAAAUAGACAGAAAAAUGCUAUUAAAGAAAUUAUUAUGUCUUUUCUGAACCUAUUUGCGGCUCAGAAUUCCCAUUUCUUUUUGGAAUAAAUGUUUUUAUUAUAAUAAAAUAAAUAGCAUUUGGUAGUAAAUAAUUUCACUCUUUAAUUUUUCACUUUUAAAUUAAAAAAACUUUUCAAUAGCCAAUCACCAAACACUAAAAUAUAUUACAAUCAAAAUUCAACCGAGAAAGAACUUAUAUUACAAUCGCGAUCCUUUUUAACGAAUUAAUAAAGAUAACUUUCUCGUCUCGAGGGUGCUCGGAAAAUUUCGUGCUCGUGAUCAUGCGAGUCGAUUGCUUCUUUUUCUCCGAGGGACGAAGAGGGACUCGUCUCUUUUUAAGAUACAAAGGCACUGUACAUGUAAUGAAGAUACAAUUAGAAGAGCGCUAAAAAGGCGAUCCGGAUGACGCGUCUCUCUCCACCCCCCCCUCCCCUUUAGUCUAUCUCGCCUCUUUCUCUUUCUCUCGACAGUAAAACGUGCCCUGUUUAAAAAUAUCGCUUCGAUUUACAAUAUCUGUUUGUUGUUUAAAAUACGGCCACACUAAACGUGACGCUUAAAAUAGGGGAGCGAUUUCCUUCGUUUCUAGCUGCAUUGGUCGAGACUAACUUCUUCUCCCGUUUUCUCGUCUAAAUUAGUCUAGUUAGCUUUCGUUUAAAGAAAAAUAGAUAACUAUAACCGGAUUAGAUGCGCGGUAACUAUUUAUUAUUAUUACAGGGGGUAGGAGGAGGGAGGCGAAAAAUUGCAGUAGGGAAGAUUGUGUGUGAAGGACGGGAUGGGGCGCGAAAACGAUUGGUCAAUGCGAUCAGAAGUCAAGAAAACGCUCCUGGCUUAAAGGUGGGACUUCUCACGUUUAUCACAAUUUGGCAGUGAACGUUUUCACGUUGUUGUUGUUGUUGUUGUUGUGUUGUUGUUGUUGUUGUUGUCGUUAAGAAAUACAGCUUACAGCGACGUUCAACCACUUCUCUCAAAAGCUAUACACAUGUAUAUACCUAAUCUAUACGAUUGCUAGCUAUAAUGGCUCGCUAUGUAUAUAUAAAAUAUAUAUAUAUAUAUAUAUAUAUAUAUAUAUAUAUAUAAAUAUAUAUUUAUAUAUUUACACACAUAUUUAUAAGAAACGCUACGCUCUUUAUACAGGUUUAUCCGCAUAUACAUGUAUAUAUGCAGCUGGAUUGAUGAGAAAAAUAUUACCUCGCUAUAUUAUUCCACGGACCAAAAA